CAUUUUUUAAAGUGAUUAAGAAGAUUAAAAAGGGGACUUGAAGAGUGUAAGGCUAAUAGCCUAUUUUUGAUAUAUUAUGGUAUUGUAAUAUAAGCAGAGGAAAAAUCUAAUACAGCAUUUUCAUCUCAUAUUAUCUAAAAGUGUUUGUGCCAGGUACGGAGAUGAUAAGUCACUGUGGUGAAAGUUUAAUACCAGCUAGGUUUUUGAUACUUCUGGCGCACAUGACUAUCUGCUUAGUUACACUGUCUUACAUGAAUGGAAAUAUUAAAACAUGUCUGCCAGAGGAGUAUGAGGAGAGUGAUUAUGACACCGAAUCAUUUCAUUUCCGUCUUGGACUUUAUUUGGGUCUCGGCCUCAUCGCAAUAGAGUUCCUCGGUUUUCUCAGCGGAACGUCCAUGUUUCUACCUUCAGUUGCAACACUGUCUGUUGGUUGCCACGCGAGUGCGUGCGUGCUCAUGUCACAAUCUCUAUUGGACGACUGGAGUUGCCACUCGUACUGGUGGAUCUUCUUCUUCUGCUCUCUGAUACCGGGACUCGUAGAGUUGGCAGUGGCAGUCAAUAUGCAUUUGCUCAAGCCAACGUGACUAUGAGUACCUAUCUGAAAUAUCGGUUGAGUUUUGAUAUUUAAAGUAGGUUUAUACUGUUUAUUGUGAUUCAAACGAGUAGCACAAUAACUAUUGAACUUACAAGUGAAAAAAACCCUCAUUAAGCCUGACUAAUUGAAACAGACCUAAUCUGGACACCUGAUUGACAGGAGCUUAUACAAAUGGUAUUCAGUUAAGUUAAGAAUGCACCAGUAGUUUAUUUGUGUAAAAUAUUGUUAAAGUGUUAAGUAAUGCUCAAUUGUGUGCGUAAGUAAGGUAUGUGUUGCAUUCUUUUGCUAUAGUUACUGCCAGCCAAAAAUAUCUAACUAUACUUGUAAUACAAAAUACAUAUAUUUUCAUAUUUUUUUAGGAUUUU